GGGGCCCGUCACCUAGAAAUACUGGCAACCAAGGCCCGACGGCAGGGAUCGUGGGCUCAAGGCUUAAGUCCAUCUGGCGGUAAGCCAAAAUGAUCUGCAUUCUCAGCCAUGGUUAUAGCGUCGAAAUGCACGCCCAUUUGGGAGUAAGCGUGGGGGCCUGACCUUCCCGUCCAAGCAAUCAUCGCGAAUGGUUGACGUCGUCCAACCCUCAACGGCGAGGGCCCUUGCCCAGCGAUAUGACUCGUACGACGAUUAUUCUCUUAGUUUGAUGCCUUUUUUUUGCCUUGCCUCCUACCCUGUUGGGCCAUCCUGGGAUCGGAUCACCUGGAACUUUGUUCAGAGGUUGUCGCUCGGCGCUGAGGCUCAGACGGCAUUUAGACUUUCCAUCCAGGUUCCCCAUGAACCAGAGGAUUCCGCAUGCAUAUGUACGAUGCAGUCGCCGGAACAAGUACACGACAGAACCAAUCAUCACGCAGCUUCGUCCGUCCAUACGCUGGUCCGCCGACUCCCCGAACGGACGCGCCCUAUCAGCGCCGAACAAAAGGUCCUGCAACUACUGGAUUGGGGCUCAAACGUCAUUCUCAUGUCCAGAACCGUCUGUAUUACCCAUCACCACUUCUCUGGUGCCUUAUGGAAAUAUCCUGUGACGCUCUUUACAUCAGCCCUAUCAAAGAGUUCGGACUUAAGCGGCAAUGGAACACUUGCUACUUCUACAUAAGCAGCAGGAGUCCUGUUUUGGCGUGGUAAACCGGGAAAAGCCAAGAGAAAAAGAAAACGCACACCCAAAAAUCAGAGCACUAAUAUUGAUCUGCUUGGGCAUUGUGCCUCAGAUUGGAUGGAUCGUCUUUGAGCAAAUGUGUCAUCCGAAUAGGGUUGGUUCUAAUCUUUCAGCCGCAGUGCAUGACAAUUCAUUAGUUCUGCAUGCCUAUUCGAGUUACCAAUCACCUCGCAGCAGCCGAAUAAACAUUCCCCUUGGCUUCUGGAGAGUUUAGACACGGGAAUCCCGAGCUGCAUUUCCAGGGCAAACGUGGGAGCCAC